GGCAUCAGUAUGUGGGUAGACUGUGCCCAGGUGACACUGUGUGCUCCGCUCUGUUCGUUUGUCCUUUGGAGGAUCUACUUCCCAGGGUGUUAAAAAAAUAAUUGAUUCGACAAACCAACGCCGAAAAGAUCCUGAUCUGCAACACACCACCAUCCACGAUGCUGGUAUGGACGUCGGCGGUGGCCAUCCUCGUCGCGGGGGUCGUGACAGCCAACGACGUUUUCAUCGAUGACAACGAAACGGGAGGCAACAACCACCACCACAAGGUUCACAAUUUGGUCCUGAACCCCGAGCAGCAUUCGUUAUGUGAACUUAAACAUAUCCGACAGAUUGUGACCCACGCCCAUUCCUCCGAUCUCUUUACUACGCUGGGGGGUGGAGGGGGCCCCACACCCAAAAAAAAUCCAGGAUCCCAACGCUCGUGUUCUCCGUGCCACCCGUCGCGAGCGCCCAUCGACAACGAGGUCACCCACCAGCCUAACGACCACCACGUGUCCGACCUGCUCUACAAGAUGCUCCCCAACAGCCACAAGUUCAAGGAGAACGGCGUGCACAAGGCGGAGAUCGGCAAGGAGCUCAAGUACAAGCAGGUGUCCCUCGGUGACCUGAAGAAAGAGUUCAACCUCGACGCCAACCAGGAGCAGCUCCUCCACGGCCGAGUGCUGUUCAAGGACGCCGCAUCCUUCACGGACAACGACGAGGAGGAGGACCCUAGACACCAUUCCUAUUAAAGGGGCUUCCCUCUUUUUCUUGUCCGUUUUUUUUUUAGAGGGAAAAGGCGUUCUCGAGUUUUGUAUAGCUACUAAUUAACCUAAAUACGUUUUUUUUUUUUAAAUAACUGUAGAUGAAACCCUAGCAAGGAACAGAUUUACAUACAUCAGGCGGUCCUUGAGUUGCUGUCUCCCGGUGACGUUCUGUUCUCACAACAAAACGAGAGUAAAAGAAUUAAUGACUAUGAAAGGCGUUGCUCCAAAGAGUUACAGUUAUGUACGAAUUUACUACAUGAUUCUAUAUACAUUUAAAAAAAUCUUUGUAGAGUUAUUUUCUUAGGAAUCUUCCUAAACUUAUUGGGUUCUUUACUAAUCUACAAAAAGAAUGAUAUCACUUGUAACUGACAUUUAAGAAAAAAAAUCUUAAGGUCAAUGAACUGAAGAAAGAAAACUGAGGGAAUAUUAACAGAAUUGGAACAGGUCUUGAUGAAUAUGAAUGCUCAAGUCUUUC